AUGCCCUUUAAAAGGGUUUGGGAUUCAUCAUGCCCUCGCAUUUGGGACUCUUGGGAAGAUUCGGAAGGAUUGAAGUGGGUAAUACAAGAUUUAGCACCUGAAGACGACGAUACUGCAUUGCAAAUCCUUAUUGAAAACCUUGCACCUGAUGAAACGUUGUGUAUGGAAAAGAAGCUAUGUGAAGAUCAAGAGAGCUUAAUAAGUAUAUCGAAGUUCUGGCAGGCGUGUUUAUCCCAGCGGAUGAGUCUCGGUUGUUAUGUCGAAGUUAAAGGGAAAAAGAGCUUAGUUGCCCUAAACGUGUGUAUUGCUGAUACUGUUGGUGAGAAAAUACCAGAUAUUGAGAUCGAAGGGGAAGCUUGGAAGCAAGUGUACGGUGGACUUUUAUAUGCAGAAUCUAAAUUGGACGCAUUUAAAUAUUUAGAAGUAGACACAAUUCUGCAUACUUUUGGCUUGGUCGUGAAAAGGGAGUAUAGAGGGCACAAGCUCGGCUGGAGAAUUUUAAGAGCUAGGGAACCACUGUGCACGGCGUAUGGGAUCAAAGCCACAGCCACAGUAUUCACCGGGCCAGCGUCACAAAUAUCCGCUGAAAGAGCUGGCUUCAAAACAAUCGCCGAGGCCUCAUUGAAGGAACUAGCGGAAAAUGGACUCGACUACCCGAAAGACGAAACAAGAAUUAUCAAAUUUAUGGUCAAGAAGUUCCUA